AUGUGCCAUCCUCCAAGUUGCCUUCCCCUUAAUUUCAUUCAUGAUGAUCUUCACUCCGAUUCCUCAAUGUGCCAUCCUCCAUGUUGCCUUCCCCUUAAUUUCAUUCAUUAUGAUCUGCUCUCCGAUUCCUCAAUGUGCCAUCCACCAUGUUGCCUUCCCCUUAAUUUCAUUUAUUAUGAUGUGCUCUCCGAUUCCUCAAUGUGCCAUCCUCCAUUUUGCCUUCCCCUUAAUUUCAUUUAUUAUGAUCGGCUCUUAGAUUACUCAAUGUGCCAUCCUCCAUUUUGCCUUCCUCUUAAUUUCAUUUAUUAUGAUCUGCUCUCAGAUUCCUCAAUGUGCCAUCCUCCAUGUUGCCUUCCCCUUAAUUGCAUUCAUUAUGAUUUGCUCUCCGAUUCCUCAAUAUGCCAUCCUCCAUGUUGCCUUCCCCUUAAUUUCAUUCAUUAUGAUCUGCUCUUCAAUUCCUUAAUGUGCCAUCCUCCAUGUUGCCUUCCCCUUAAUUUUAUUCAUUAUGAGCUGCUCUCCGAUUCAUCAAUGUGCCAUCCACCAUGUUGCCUUCCCCUUAAUUUCAUUUAUUAUGAUGUGCUCUCCGAUUCCUCAAUGUGCCAUCCUCCAUUUUGCCUUCCCCUUAAUUUCAUUCAUUAUGAUCGGCUCUUAGAUUACUCAAUGUGCCAUCCUCCAUUUUGCCUUCCCCUUAAUUUCAUUUAUUAUGAUCUGCUCUCAGAUUCCUCAAUGUGGAUUCCUCCAUGUUGCCUUCCCCUUAAUUGCAUUCAUUAUGAUCUGCUCUCCGGUUCCUCAAUGUGCCAUCCUCCAUGUUGCCUUCCCCUUAAUUUUAUUUAUUAUGAUCUGCUCUCCGAUUCCUCAAUGUGCCAUCCUCCAUGUUGCCUUCCCCUUAAUUGCAUUCAUUAUGAUCUGCUCUCCGAUUCCUCAAUGUGCCAUCCUCCAUGGAGCCUUCCCCUUAAUUUUAUUUAUUAUGAUCUGCUCUCCGAUUCCUCAAUGUGCCGUCCUCCAUGUUGCCUUCCCCUUAAUUUCAUUUAUUAUGAUCUGGUCUCCGAUUCCUCAAUGUGCCAUCCUCCAUGUUGCCUUCCGGUUAAUUUCAUUUAUUAUGAUCUUCUCUCCGAUUCAUCAAUGUGCCAUCCUCCAUGA